AUGUAUCUAUAUAAUCUUACUAUACAAAAGCCAACAUCUAUAUAUCAUUCAAUUGUUGGUAAUUUCUCUGGUACCAAACAGAUCGAGAUAUUGGUUUCACAUGGCAGAUCUCUAGAGUUGCUCAGACCCGAUGAGACCAAUGGUAAGAUCACAUCGGUACUCUACACAGAGGUCUUUGGUUUGAUUCGUUCGAUUGCGCCAUUCAGAUUGACAUCUGGCACCAAAGACUAUAUCAUCAUCGGUUCGGAAUCGGGUCGUGUCGUCAUUCUCGAGUACAACCCAAACAAGAAUCGCUUCGAAAAAGUACAUCAAGAGACAUUCGGUCGUACCGGUUGUCGUCGUAUCGUACCAGGUCAAUAUCUAGCUACUGAUCCACGUGGUCGUGCAUUCAUGAUAGGUGCAAUUGAAAAACAGAAAUUAGUAUAUAUUUUAAAUAGAGAUUCAGCUGCUCGUUUGACUAUAUCUUCACCGUUGGAAGCACACAAGUCACACACUAUUUUGUUUGCAAUGUGUGGUGUCGAUGUCGGAUUUGAAAAUCCAAUUUUCGCCACACUUUCGGUAGACUAUAGCGAUGAUACCGAUCUCGAGGAGAUGGAAGACAAUCACAGUAAGAUGAUGUUGACUUUCUACGAGUUGGACCUGGGAUUGAACAACGUAGUCAGAAAAUGGAGUGAGGAGGUCGAGUCGAGUUCGAACUUGCUGAUGACGGUGCCAGGUGGAAGCGACGGUCCCGGUGUGAUGGAUCUCGUCAACGAGGAGCAACCUCAGAUUUACGCUCUCACCGGUGUCGCUGACCGCUCGGCUAUGCGCGUUCUCCGCUAUGGUUUGCCCAUUGCCCAGAUUGCGGGAACACCACUACCAGGUAUCCCCUCUGGUUUAUGGACUAUUCCUCGUUCACAAGAGGAUUCUAUCGAUAAGUAUAUUGUUGUUUCCUUCAUUGGAUCGACUUUGGUACUCUCCGUCGGUGAGACUGUAGAGGAGGUAGUCGAUUCCGGUAUUUUGGCAACGACUACAUCGAUUCUCGUCAGACCGAUCGGUGCCGAUUCAAUCAUUCAGGUAUUCCCACAUGGAAUUAGACAUAUCAAGGGUGAUCGUAGAAUCAACGAGUGGCGUGCACCCGGAAGAAAGACUAUCUCUCUGGCAACUUCGAAUGCCACCCAAGUCGUUAUCGCACUCGGUGGUGGUGAAGUCAUCUAUUUCGAGUUGGACGCAGCUGGUAAUCUCUCAGAGGUUGCCAAGAAGGAGUUCCGUCGUGAGAUCUCUGCAUUGGAGAUUGCUCCAGUGCGAAAGGGAAGACAAAUGGCGAGAUUCGUGGCGAUCGGCGAUUGGGAAGGACCUGUGCGUGUUCUCUCGCUGGACAAAGACAAUCUUCUCAACCAAGUAUCGGUUUUAGACACUGAAAGAAUGCAUAUUGAAUCGCUCAUGAUGAAUGAGAUGACCAUCGGCGUGGAGAUGCCAGAGGGAACCGCAAGCAGCAGCAGCGCCAUUGCCAAACAACAGCAACUACAAAAUCAAAGUAAUCAAGUUCUCUUUUUAAAUGUCGGUUUGAAGAAUGGUGUUAUGAAACGUGCGGUUGUCGAUCCGAUCACAGGAGAGUUGUCCGACACCAGAACCAGACUGCUCGGAAGAAAACCAGUCAAGUUCUCACGUGUCAAAUUAAAGAGUGGCAAUGCUGUGCUUGCGUUGUCCAGUCGUGUCUGGUUGUGCUAUGUCAACCAAGGACGAUACGAUAUGGUUCCAGUUUCAGUGGAACCGCUUGACAAUGCCUCUGGUUUCAGUUCGGAACACUGUCCCGACGGUAUUGUUGCCACCAGUGAAAACAACCUAAAGAUCUUUGUCAUUGAGAAACUCAGUGAGAAAUUCAAUCAAGUCAACGUGCCCUAUAAGUGCACACCAAGAAGAUUCGUAGUGCAUCCACAGACACACUAUAUUGUAUCAAUAGAGACAGAACACAACUAUUUAAAUGAAUUGCCAACACCCAAAGAGAAUGGUAGUAAUAAAAUGGCAGAGGACAAAGAUCCAGAGGUGAAACGUGAAGGUGACGAUAUGGACUAUGAAGUCGAUCAGUUUAGUUUGAAUCAAAACGAUAAACCACCGAAAGCUGGCGAUGGCAAGUGGUUGUCCUAUAUUAGAGUACUCGAGCCAGUCAGCUAUAGAACUUUGGAUUUGGUGAAAUUGGAUCAAGACGAAGCUGCCUACUCGCUGGCAACAUGCAUCUUCCACGACCGUGAAGGUGAGGUAUUCUUGGCGGUCGGUUGCGGCAAAGGCGUACAACUGAAUCCUCGCAAGGUUGAAUCGGCAUCGAUCCAUCUCUAUCGUUUCACAAACAACGGACAAACACUGCAACUCGUCUACAAGACCGAAGUAGAGGAAGUUCCCUAUGCCAUUUCUCACUUCCAAGGUCGUCUGUUGGUCGGUAUCGCCAACCAGCUGAGAAUCUACGAGAUGGUCAAUCAUAUCUCAAAGACAUCGCUCUCCGUUGGUGGACCGGAAGUUCUUGUCUAUGCAACGCUGAACGGCACGAUCGGUGCGCUGGUGCCAUUCGUAUCGAGAGAGGACGUCGAUUUCUACACCUCGCUGGAACUUCAGAUGCGUCAAGAGAACCCACCACUCUGUGGACGUGAUCAUCUCGCCUAUCGUUCCUACUACUUCCCAGUGAAGAAUGUCAUCGAUGGUGAUCUCUGUGAACAAUACAUCAGCUUGGAUCCAACCAAACAACAAUCGAUCGCCGAAGAACUCUCCAGGUCACCAUCAGAGAUUUUAAAGAAACUCGAAGAUUUAAGAUCAUCUAAAUUAUAUUAA